AGGAGGAGGAAGAGGAGGAGGAGGAGGAGCAGAGGAGAGGAGGAGGAGGAUGGAGCCGGCCGCCCUGCACCGCUUUCUCCCGCGGCUGCCGGCCGGCCUCGGGCGCCGGACUGAGUCGCCCGCCCCGGGGGCAUGAAGGGGCUGCUGCCGCCGCCGCCGCCGGGCUCGAGCGGCGGGCGGAGGCAGCGGGAGCGAGGCGCCGCCGCCGCCGGAGGGGCGAGCAGGGGAAGGAGCAAGAGCAGCGGCAGGAGGAGGCGGAGGAGGAGGCGCCCCUCCGGCUGAGCCGCGCCGGCUCCCCUUCGCCAGACGCUCUCGGCGCCCAGCGCGCCGGGCAAGGCAGGGAAGAAGAAGAAGAUGCCUCUGGACAAGGUCUCCUCGGUGCUGGAAGUGUUCUUGAUAACUAUCCUGGUGGUGGAAGGCAUCGCCGUGGCUCAAAAAACACAAGUCGGGCAAGAUCUUGGAAGUAACCGCAUGGCAUCUACUCAAUGUAGUGACUGGGUUCGAACAAGCAAUGGAGGUCACUUUGCUUCAUCCAACUUUCCUAACUUCUACCCACCCAACCAGGAAUGUGUCUAUAUUUUAGAAGCUGCCCCGCGGCAAAGAAUAGAGUUGACAUUUGAUGAACCGUUUUUCGUUGAGCCUUCGUUCGAAUGUCGAUUCGAUCAUCUGGAGGUUCGAGACGGACCUUUUGGGUUCUCCCCGGUCAUUGAUCGUUAUUGCGGUCUAAAAAGUCCAAGCCCGAUCAGAUCAACGGGAAGAUUUAUGUGGAUCAAGUUUACCUCAGAUGAAGAACUGGAAGGACGAGGAUAUAAAGCCAAGUAUUCAUUUAUACCAGAUCCUGAUUUCACACACCGAGAAGGUAUUUUAAAGCCCAUCCCAGAUUGCCAAUUUGAACUCUCCGGAGCGGAUGGCAUCGUGCGCUCCAGCCAGGUAGAACAUGGAGAAAAAGCAAAGCCGGGCGAAGCCGUUGACUGCAUCUGGACAAUUAAGGCAACUCCAAAUUCCAAGAUCUAUUUGAGAUUUCUGGACUAUCAAAUGGAACACUCCAACGAAUGCAAGAGGAACUUUGUGGCUGUCUAUGACGGAAGCAGCUCCAUUGAAAACCUGAAGGCCAAGUUUUGCAGCACUGUGGCUAAUGAUGUGACGCUUCAAACAGGAACUGGGGUGAUACGCAUGUGGGCGGACGAAGGGAGUCGAUUAAGCCGGUUUCGGAUGCUCUUCACCUCAUUUAUGGACCCUCCAUGUUUAGGUGGUACUUAUUUCUGCCAUAGCAACAUGUGCAUCAAUAAUUCCUUAGUUUGCAAUGGCAUUCAAAACUGUGCCUAUCCAUGGGAUGAAAAUCAUUGCAAAGAAAAGAAGAAAACGGGAUUGUUUGAACAAAUCACCAAAACUCACGGGACCGUCAUUGGGAUUACUUCCGGGAUCGUCUUGGUUCUUCUCAUCAUCUCCAUCCUGGUGCAGAUCAAGCAGCCGCGGAAGAAAGUCAUUUCUUGCAAAACCACCUUCAACAAAACUGGCUUCCAGGAGGUUUUCGACCCUCCCCAUUACGAACUCUUCUCCCUGAGGGACAAAGAGAUUUCGGCCGACUUGGCUGACUUCUCCGAGGAACUCGAAAACUACGAGAAAAUGAGGUGCUCCUCGACCGCCUCGCGGUGCAUUCACGACCAUCACUGCGGCUCGCAAGCCGCGACAGUCAAGCAGAGCAGGACCAACCUUAGUUCCAUGGAACUGCCUUUCCACAACGAUUUCGCCCCGCCGCAGCCGAUGAAAACCUUCAACAGCAACUUCAAGAAGAGCAGCUACACUUUCAAGCAGGCUCACGAAUGUCCCGAGCAGGUGAUUGAAGACCGGGUAAUGGAGGAGAUCCCUUGUGAAAUCUACGUGAGGGGUCGCGAAGAUGCUGCUCAGAGCUCCUUAUCAAUGGAUUUUUAAUCUCCCUUGAAAGCAGACACCCGUGUGUGUAAAUAGAUGUACAUAUACGACGAACAUAACACGCCUGUGUACAAAGGUGUACCAUACGGGGAUUUGAUGGAGACUUCAACAUUCAUACUUUUUUAAAAGCUUGUUCGUUUUUCAGCCCGAAAGGAAAGCUCUACAUACUGUAAAUCUCUCUCUCUCUCUUUUUUUUUUCUCCUUCCCUUUGGAAUUGCCCGUCUGAUCAAAGAAACAACCAAAGGUUUUGCAUGGGGCUCCGAUUAGUUGACAUUAAAACAAAACCGACGCGGUGUCAAAAGUCCUUUGUGAUUGCUCACUGUCUGUAUUGCUUCAGUUUCUUUUCCUUCCUUCAAAACUACCAGUUUGAAGCCAGAAGUUUGUUUUUUCUUUUAAAAAAAGUGGGUGCCAUACCAAGGAGCUUAAUACAGGGGUCUCCAACCCCUGGUCUGUGGACCGGUGCCGGGCCGCAGCAUGUCAGCAACCGGUCCGCACAAACAAGCAAAGCCCCAUCCGCGGGAUGCAGGCAGCACACAUAACCACGCACUCUCCAGUCCGUGGAAAAGCUUUUCUCCAUGGAACCUGUCCCUGGUGCCCAAAAGGACCUCUGGCUUAAUAUUUAGACACUGAACUACACUUUGGCAAAUAUGCUUAGAGUGCUUGCCACUUCAGACUCAACUGUCAAUCACCUUGAUUCGUUUGAUAUACAGGUAGCCCUCGGCUUAUAAACAGAAUUUCCAUUGCUAAGCAAAGCGGUUAUGGCAUGACCCAAUUUUACGUCCUUUUUCGUUAAGCGAAUCACGGCAGUUGUUAAGUGUGUCCAGCAGUCAUUAAGCAAAUCCAGUUUUCCCCAUUGACCUUGCUUGUCAGAAGCUGGUUGGGAAGGACACAAAUGGUAAUCCCAUGACCCUGGGAUUCUGUAACCGUCGUAUAUCCAUGCCAGUUGCCAGCUGGCAAAAUUCUGAUCAGGUAAUUGGGGGGGGGGAAUACUGCAAUCAUCAUAAACGCGAGGACCAGUUGCAAGUCACGUUUUUCAGUGCCCUUGUCAUUUCAAAUGGUCACUAAAUGAAUGGAUGGAGCUGCCUUUUAAAUGUUGUCGAAGAAAGCCAUAUAAAACAUUGUGCUUUUCCUAUUUCUGCCUUUUUGUUGUUUCUCUGUAGCUCAGUCUUAGGGUCUCCUAUUCCUGCAGUAAACUGGUCUUUCCGCUGCUUUUGUGGACAACACCAUGCCAAUGUUUUGAGGGGACCAGACCAGCUGAAAUGUUCAAGAUAAUUUCCCUUAGUUUCUCAGAGCCCCACCAAAUUUUUAAAAAAAUCCAGUUUGGAAAAACCCAGCUCUGACAGUCCAUAUUGCAUUAAGAAUAAAUAGUGCUUGCUUUCUAGUUAUUCCGAUGUUUUAUUGUUUAGGUCUUUCCCUUCUUGGAGAUAAAAAAUAACACCUGCCGGCAAUUUCAGUGAUAUUUCACAUCUUGCAAAACAUUUUUUGACAGUUAAUACUUGCAACUCCUUUUUCAAAAGGCUUACGUGAUUUAUGACUGUCCUUCAGCAAUCUUAGGUUUUCUCCAAAACGUACUUGUUAAAUGUCUGAGGAGAUUUAUAUCCCCACUUUCCUGCAAGAACAUAAGGCGGCAUAUAUUGUACUCUCUUUCAUGUUUUUCUCACAACAAUCCUGUUGGGUAGAGUAAAAAAAAAUAGUAUUUUCUCAAUUGCACUGGUAUGGCUUCCACUUUUUGAACCAACAAUUUAUAAACAAAAGGCCACUUGGAUGCACCUUGAUGCUGUAUGACCUAUGUGGUAUAUUCUCCUUUUAGGUACUGUGCAGCCAAUGGAUUAUCAGUCUUCAGGCCAGCAACUGUAAAUCACAAUGUUGUCACUUGUGAAGCACACUUCAGUUUCUUUGCCAUUUAGUCUUUACUCCUGUUUCUUUUAAACUUUCUUUAUACUGUGUGUCAUAUUUUUUUUCACUCCGUGUGAUCUGACCACUCGGAUGGGCCGUGCUUUGUACGGAGAACUGAAUAUAAAGAAAACUUACACCAUG